AUGGCGACACGCGAGCCCGAAAUCCCAUGCGUGUACAUCAUCGGCGCACAGUGCACCGGAAAGACAACGUUGGUCAACGCCCUCGAGGAGAUAUACAAUCGGGACGAAGCAAUCCUACCUGGAACAAGACCGUUGAUUAUUCGGGAAGUCGCCCGCACGGUGUUGAGAGAGAAACAAUUCAGCCGCGAUGACAUCACCACAUCGCCAUCUAGAGCGCUCCAAUUACAGAAGCACAUUCUAGACGCCCAACACCAGGCUGAGAAGAGCGCGGUUUCCCUCAACUCUCGAUCGAUAUGGUAUAUAUCCGACCGCUCCGGUUUGGAUCCCAUCGUAUACGCGCAAUUGUUUGUCGGCGAGGACGCAGCAGGGGAGAUGCUGGAGUUGAAGACAUGGAAGGAGCUCGAGCGGCGCAUGAAGACAGGACUCGUCGCCCUGUGCGAAGCUGGGUGCACUUGGCUAACGGACGAUGGAGUAAGACUCAUGCCAGGUCACAUGGAAGAGUGGAUGCGCGUUGACAGCGCGUUCCGUCAGUUGCUUGCUGCGCGGCAGAUCAAGUAUACCGUGGUUCCGAAGGACACGAACAGCCUUGAGGAGCGCGUGGAGCUUGUGCUAAAGGAAUUAAGCAAGGCAACAUUAACUAGCACGUGAGUGAAUUAGUAUGGACUUCCAUCCUGUCUGAAAACGCAUUAUUGCCCUUGCCCAGGCUGUGGCCCAAUCUUAAUUUCCUACUUUGCUGGCUGC